AUGGGCUUGAAGGCUGUAUUCAAGCGCUUGGAGGUCGCUCAUGAAGGGGGCACAGCGCCUUCUCGCUGGAUAAACAACGACAUCAAACCCAUCGAGAAUGGAAGAAGGACUUGGACGUUUUGGACGUACAACAACCUCUGGAUACUCACGAACACCAACAUAUCGAGUUACAUGGUAGGAAGCUCGUUGAUUGCCCUCGGCCUCACCUGGUGGGAAGCAAUCAUUGCGAUCGUGUUUGGGGCACUGAUCUCCAUGAUCUAUAUCGUCCUCAAUUCUACGCCGGGUGCCUUCUACAACCUUGGCUUCCCAGUCGCCAAUAGGUACACAUGGGGUCUAUAUGGAUCUCAGUUUGUGAUUGUGAACCGCAUCCUGCUAUCACUCGUCUGGUAUGCCGUUCAAGCAUGGAUCGGCGGCUCCUGCGUCUAUGUUCUCCUUCAAUCUAUGGCCCCGAAUCUGGAAGAACGCAUACCGAACCACAUGCCAGCAUCAACAGGCAUGACAACGUAUGUCAUUCCUUUUUCUGAUCCGAAUCAUUGUCGGGUAGAGACAUAG